GAAAACUGAUUUAUAUAUUUAUAUGUAACCCCUAAUUUCCUCUCUCGUUUUCUAUUUAGUUCUCUCUCUCCUUGUUCCUUCUCUCUAACUCCCAAACUCACCGGCGCUAACCGGAUCAGGCCACGCGGACGCAGUCACUGCUACCUUCACUGUCACUCGGUGAGAUAAACAGAGAAGGUAAUCCAAGCGGAAGAAGUGAAUACUGAAGGAGGAGGCUGCGAAAAUCUAAUAAAAUAUCGAAAUUUUUAGAGAGAUGGAGAAGGGAAAGGGAGUGAUGGGUGGAGGUCGUAGAUGGGCGGUUGACUUCUCAGACUACUCUAGUUCCCCUUCUUCCCGUGAUGUUCCUGAUCCUCCUGGUUUCUCUCGCGCCGCCCUCGAUCAGGAUGAUUCCGUUGUCAGUCGCCAGAAGAAGGAUGCUGAAGCUUCUUGGAAAUCCCAGAAAGCUUGGGAAGUGGCACAGGCACCCUUUAAAAAUUUGAUGAUGAUGGGAUUCAUGAUGUGGAUGGCUGGAAGUACAGUGCAUUUAUUUAGCAUUGGAAUUACUUUCUCUGCUCUUUGGCAGCCCAUUAGUGCCUUGCAGGGUGUGGGAAAGGUUUUUGAGCCUUACAAAGACAGCAAGGUUGAUCUUCUUGCUCCAAAGUUGCUGUUCAUUGCCCUAAAUUUGGGAGGUCUAGCUCUAGGUGUUUGGAAGCUUAACACUUUGGGGUUACUUCCCACACAUGCAUCAGACUGGGUUUCAUCCUUACCCCCUCCUCAGGAGGUUGAAUUUUCGGCUAGUGGCCUUCCUCUACAUUGAUUUUAAUGGUAAUAAAUUUCGGUUUAAACAUGCAUCGAUCGUUGAUCUCUGAACUCUGAUUGAAACAUACUGGAGCAGUGGAUAGGCCCUUUAUGGGCUGAUGGUUCCUUGCUCAGCAUGGACGAUGUACCAGUAUUUUCUUAAAAAUAUUUAAGGAUGAAAGUUCAUAUUAUGUGGAGAAAGAAGACUAGUUUUUGUAGUAGACUUGAUAUCUUAUUGGAUAAUGAAAAGGUUUUCUUCUUUAGUAGAUAGUAUAAAUGUUAUUAAAAAAUAUUUCAGGUUGUUUAAAUUCUCGGAUGAAAUACGAACGAUAUUUGUGUAGUUUAUGCAUGAAAUGGAAAGUAGUUAACUUCAUAUUGAA